AAUGCAACUUCCUGUUAAGAAAGGGCCUUAACGCAAAGCUGAAGAGGAGAGUGUCUCUGACACUGCUCUGCUAUCUCUAGACCCAAAAAACAGCUUUAGGAUUUUCUUUUUGAAGGUGAAAAUUCACCAGCAACAGAACCGACUGAUUAGACGCAUGAGAACACGACAUAUGGUGUCUUAGAAGCGGCUUUUGAACUCUUGGAUAUGGCGAGAUUUUUAGCGCUAGGACCCUUGGUUUUGGUCCUAUGCUUGGUCUUUUUCACCAGACCCUCACCCUCACACACCGAAGAAACAGAACCAGAAAAAGCAGACAAAUCACAGUCAAAUAUCUCCACUCCUCCCACUUCACCAAACUCACCUGCAGACACCCCCAGCAAAGCCACUCAGUCAAAUCUCACCACUCCUCCCACUUCAUCAAACUCACCUGCAGACACCCCCAGCAAAGCCACUCAGUCAAAUCUCACCACUUCAUCCACUUCAUCAAACUCACCUGCAGUCACCCCCAGCAAAGAAUCAGAGCCCUCACCCUCACACACUCCUGAACAAACCUCAAAAUCAAGUGAAAAAGGUGUAAAAACAGGUGAUGCAGACACUCAGUCAAAUCUCUCCAAUUCCUCCACUCCAACAAACACACCUUCAGUCACCCCCAGCAAAGGAAGCACUUCUGAUCAGGAACAGAAAAGCACACCAAUCUCACCCGCACACAUCACUGUACAACAACACACAAGCACCACAGGGAGCACUUCUGAUCAGACAACUCAGACAAAGACAUCAAUCUCACCCGCACUCACCACUAUGCAACAACACACAGCCACUACAGGGAGCAGUUCUCAGAUGAAGACAUCAAUCUCACCCGCACGCACCACUAUGCAACAACACACAGGCACCACAGAUGCAGGAAAUAAUGACACUCAGUCAAAUCUCACCACUUCAUCCACUUCAUCAAACACAUCUGCAGACACCCCCAGCAAAGCCACUCAGUCAAAUCUCACCACUCCUUCCACUUCAUCAAACUCACCUGCAGACACCCCCAGCAAAGGCCCCUCACCCGCAGACACUCCUACACAAACCCCUCUAUCACCAGGUCCAGCAACUCAAAAAGACAUCAUCUCACCUCCAAACACCACCAUCACACUCCUGACCUCCACGCAACCCUCCUCAACCUUACACACACACACCAACACCCCGGGUACCAAAGAGAGGCAAUGUCAGUACAGUCUUAUGGAGAUCGAGAACAAAACCACAGCUUAUGUGGUGAAUAUCAAUGGCUCUGACUACCAAACUUACACGAUCAGGAUAAAGGAUAAGCUCAGAGAGAUCCGUGCUGAGAAAAUAUCUAACCAAACUGCCUUUAAAAUACCAUUUGAAUGGUUAAAACCAUGCACUGAGUACAUCGUCACUGUAGAUGAAUGUCAACCCAGUGAAAGAAACAGCUUUACUUCCAAAGAAGGAAAUAUUUCAAGAGCUGUCGUGUCAAGCGUGACAGAUACUGAAGUGUGUCUGAAAGGAGAAUUCAAUGAUAUUCAAUGGAAUCUGACUGAAUGUGUUGAAAGAACGGAGAAAAACUCUUGUUCUUCUACACACACUGUUCAACUGGACACAUGUGAAUACACAAUGAAUGUUGAUCUGCCUCCAGUCAAGCCUCAGAUAAACUUCAAAGAAACUAUUCCCUCUCAGUUUGAAUGGACUAAUAAACCUGCACUAUGUAGUGAUCCAUUUAUCAUCAAGUGCACCAACCACAAGAACAAAGACAUCAGAAGUUAUGGUUUAAAUGAUUCAGUGUCAUUAUUACCAAACACACAGUACACCUGCACUGGAGAAUAUUCUUAUGAGAAACCCAUCAAGAGUCAAGAGCUCUCCUUUAAAAUAACAUGCGAUUGGCAAAAGAACGGACGGUUUCAGGACAAAUCCAGCAGCUCAUUGAGAAUCUCCUGGACUUCACUCGAUGAAGAUCGAUGCUCAGGGAUUGAAUGGGACAGUUUUUCAGUCAGCUGUGAUCAUCAUAAUCAGAUCUGUAAAAAACACAAUGGCACUAGUACAGUCUGCAAUAUUACUGGAUUAUUGCCAUAUAAAACCUAUAAAUGCAGAAUUACUGGAAGAGUCAAUCAAACAGAUUAUCUAAUUUACACCGAUGACAUUAAAACACUUUCUGACAAGCCCAGUUUCAAAUCAAAAGUUGAAGUAACUCACGCUUCUCACAAUUCUCUUGAAAUAAAAUGUGAAAUCAAUGGACCAAAGAUAGUCUGGAAUGGAGAAAAGGGAAAUUCAAAGCUGAAAUCACAUACAAUGGAAACUAUCACUGAAGAUACACAGGACACAUGCUUGUUUAAGUUCUCAGAUCUUUACUACCUUACAACAUAUGGUAUUAAGAUUACAGCCAUAAAUAAGGAAGGACUUUCAGAUCUCAUUACUUCUGAAGCUACUACUAAAUACAAUGACAAGGCCGUCGUUGGAUUCUUGGUGUUUCUAAUCGUUGUGACGACAGCUGCCCUCCUCUUUGUUCUCUUCAAAAUUUACAUUCUCAAAAGAAAGCGGGCUGCUGAGGAUGAAGAGAUUCUUCUCACACCAGAACCGCUGCGCAGAGUUGAGCCCAUCUACGCCGACGGAUUAAUAGAGGCUUACAAGACCAAGAUCGCCGAUGAGAGCCGUCUGUUUAUGGACGAGUUUCAGAGCAUUCCACGCAUUUUCUCCAAUUACACCAUCAAAGAAGCGAAGAAACAGGAAAACCAGUCCAAGAACCGCUACGUAGACAUUCUGCCUUAUGAUUAUAAUCGGGUUACUCUCUCAGCUAGUGGUGAGGAUGACUACAUCAACGCCAGCUUUAUCGAGGGAUAUCAGGAGCCAAAGAAGUACAUUGCAGCCCAAGGACCCAAGGAUGAGACUGUUUGCGAUUUCUGGCAAAUGGUUUGGGAGCAGAAGUCAUCCAUUAUUGUCAUGGUCACCCGUUGUGAGGAAGGAAAUAAGAUCAAAUGCGCUCAAUACUGGCCAUCUUUGGACAGAGAGACUGAGAUUUUUGACGAUUUUGUGGUGAAAAUCCGAUCUGAGCAACACUGCCCUGAUUUUAUCAUUCGCCACCUGAUCCUGGCCAAUAAGCGAGAGAAGGCCUCAGAAAGAGAAGUCACUCAUAUCCAGUUCAUUAGCUGGCCUGACCAUGGUGUGCCUGGAGACCCUAGUCUGCUUCUGAAGCUCAGGAGAAGAGUCAACUCCUUCAAGAACUUCUUCAGCGGCCCGGUUGUGGUGCACUGCAGUGCAGGGGUCGGCCGCACAGGAACAUAUAUCGGCAUUGAUGCAAUGAUUGAAUCUCUCGAGGCAGAGGGCAGAGUGGACAUCUAUGGAUAUGUAGCAAAACUACGUCGCCAGCGUUGCCUCAUGGUUCAAGUAGAGGCCCAGUACGUACUGAUCCACACUGCUCUGAUUGAGCACAACCAGUUUGGAGAGACGGAGAUCUCACUGUCUGAAUUCCACUCAGCUUUCAACACCCUCAAACAAAAAGACGGCACUGGCCCUAGUUUGCUUGAAAUGGAGUUUCAGAAACUGCCCAAAUUUAAAAACUGGAGAACGUUUAACACAGGGAGCAGCGAGGACAACAAGAAGAAAAACCGCUACUCAAGUGUUCUCCCAUAUGACUUUAAUAGAGUCCUGUUUAGACUGGACAUUGAGGGCAACCAGACCAGUGAACCUGAGGAUGAAGAGGAGUAUUCAUCAGACGAGGAAGAAGAAUCUAAUGAAUACAUCAAUGCCUCAUUCAUUGAUGGUUACUGGUGUCACAAGAGUCUGAUCACAGCACAAGGGCCUUUAGCAAACACAACGGAGGAGUUCCUGCUCAUGCUGUACCAGCAACAAACUAAAACACUGGUCAUGCUCACAGACUGCCAAGAGGACGGCAAUGAUUAUUGCUUUCAGUAUUGGGGAGAUGAAAAGAGAACCUUCGGGGACAUGGAAAUUGAGGUAAAAAAGACAGAAAGUUUCCCAACGUAUGUGAGACGGCAUCUGGAAAUACAGUCCACAAAGAAGAAAGACGUCUUGGAGGUGGAUCAGUACCAGUUCCUGAAAUGGAGAGGCCAAGAGCUUCCGGAGAACACUCAGGAGUUGAUAGAGAUGAUAAGAGUCAUCAGAGAAAACGGCAAUUAUGACAACAGCAGAAUGAACCGGAACAUCCCCAUAGUGGUGCACUGCAAUAACGGAUCGUCGCGUAGCGGAAUCUUCUGCGCCUUAUGGAACCUCUUGGACAGCGUUUACACAGAGAAGCUGUUGGACGUCUUCCAAGUGGUCAAAAACUUGCGCAAGGAGAGACAGGGGAUGGUGGAAACAUUCGAGCAGUAUCAGUUCAUCUACGCGGCUCUAGAGGGCGCUUUCCCGGUGCAAAACGGCGCCGUGAAGAGUCCACCGGCAAACGACACAGCGCAGGUCAUAAACGAAACCACGGCGCUCCUCGACGAGCCCAGCAGCACUCCCGCCGCCGCUGACCAGACGGAGGCGAAAGAGAGCAACGCGGAACAGAGCGAAGCCGCAGGGAACAAAGCCGCUGAGAGCAGCGAGAAGACGGACUCCACCGCCGGCGGCGAGCAGGAGGCCGAGGAGAGCAGCGCCGCCGAGGAUCCGCCGGCAGAGGGAGACAAACCCGGCACAGAGGGGGCCACCAACGGCCCCGCCGCCACCCUGGAGGUUUAAGCGUCCUUGGGGGCCAACAUGUUCGAGAUAAUUUGACACCAAGUGUCAAGGAGAGAUUUUUAUGUUUUUUAAAUGCUUUUUUAAAAUUCUUAUUUUACAUACGAGUUUCACUGUACAUUAAAUGUUGUUGUUGUUGUUGUUGUCGUUUCUGCCUCAGGGUUCGGUUUGAAAGUUCUGUAUAAUGAUGCUCUUUGUGUGAAAUCUGUGCAUAUUGAUAAUGUUUAUUGACACGUGUAAAGGAUGUGCUUCAUGAUUUGAUUCUUAGGCUAACAAAUUGCGUUUUGAAUGUAUUGUAAAAUAAGACCACAAAAUAUGUUUCUUGUUUUUAUUGUAUUUUUUGUUUUGUUUUGUUUUUGGAAACUGUAUCAAAGCAUAGCCUAAUUGUCUAAAUGAUAGCAUCUGAUGGAAGUGAGUGCUUUUAUGUUCCAGAGCAACCAAAAGCAAGGGCAAAGAUUACUUUGCACUACAGCGCUGUCAUCAAACUAUCUUUCAUUUCACUGUUUUGUUUUUCCCCCCCUCCAAGUCGCUUCAUUUUAAGCAGAUGUAACUUAACAAAAAGUAAUAAAGGAUGGCUUGAACUAUA